UCAAAUUACUGAGCAUGCCUUGUGUACGCAUCUGAGCUGAGAUACAGUUGCUGAUGAAUUAGAAGCGACGGCUUAGGUUUGCAACAAAGUGCUGGUGUUUACUAACGAGUGGACUGAGACAUGGUGUAAAACAUAAAGCUCCUGCCUUGUCAACCCCAGAAGGCACACGUCUUUCCUUGUCCUCGUGAAUUGCUUUCAAGGAAAAAGAAGGCGAGAUGUUUAGCACCAAAAGACUGAAGAAAAAGUCCCAGUCAGUGGAUAUGAGUGCACAAGGAUAUCCUAGUCCCCUGGUGAUAGAUGCAAAUUCAUCACAACUCACCAAGUCCCCACUUGUCGCCAAGACAACCACUUCAGAGAAAGAAGAAAACAACGCAACCAAUUCCCAAAGACGCAGCCCUCGUCGCAGUGACUUGAAGAGAUAUUACACCAUAGAUACUGGUCAGAAGAAGACUCCAGAGAAGAAAGAUGGGCGUCGGAUGUCUUUCCAGAAACCUAAAGGGACCAUUGAAUAUUCUGUGGAAUCGAGGGACUCCUUGAACAACAUUGCUCUGAAGUUUGACACCACACCCAAUGAGCUAGUCCAACUGAACAAACUUUUCUCCAGGGCAGUUGUUGCUGGUCAGAUUCUUUACGUUCCUGAUCCAGAAUACAUUUCCAGUGUUGAGAGUUCACCAUCUCUGAGUCCCAUCAGCCCUUUGUCACCAACUUCUUCUGAAGCAGAAUUAGAAAAAGUUACGGUUUCUGAUGGUGUCCCGCGAAAGGAAGCCACGUCUUUUCCGGCACACGUCUGCACCCGCCCUGCCAGAGUGGUGUCAUCCACCUCUGAGGAGGAGGAGGCACUUACAGAGAAGUUCCUGAAAAUUAACUGUAAAUACAUCACAGAUGGCAAGGGGACAGUCAGUGGGGUGCUACUGGUGACUCCCAACAACAUCAUGUUUGAUCCACAUAAGACUGAUCCCCUGGUCCAGGAACACGGCUGCGAGGAGUAUGGCAUCAUGUGUCCCAUUGAGGAGGUCAUGACAGCUACCAUGUACAAGGACAUAGUCGACACCGAAAUCAAAGAAUCAUUGCCUCCAGAUUUAGAAUAUUUAAUUUCUGGAAGAGAACCAUGUCAUGUAAAAAGAAUAUCACGGAGCAACACUGAUGAAAUGGAGUUAAAGCUUCAGGAGACAGCGAAUGACAGUACCAGUACUGCACCAAGAAGCACAGAGGAGUCUUUGUCUGAAGAUGUCUUUACGGAGUCGGAACUCUCCCCUAUUCGGGAGGAGCUUGUUUCUUCUGACGAACUCAGGCAAGACAAAUCAUCCGGGGCCUCUUCAGAAUCCGUACAAACCAUAAACCAGACUGGUGCAGAAUGCUGCCUCGCAUAUGAGGCAGGAGAUUCUACAAAAUCAACUGCUGAAGAAGUAUCUGCCAAUGACAGUGGCUUUCUGAGUCACACAACGGAAGUGGAAAGAUCAGAACUGGAAUUGAAACAGGAGGAAAACCUGUCCCAGAGCCAAACUAUAGACCGAUCUCCAGCGGGAUCAAAAAGGCACGGUGUGGGGCAUAAAACAGGCACAUCGACUAGCAAAGAGCAAGAUUCCGCCUGUGAGGAUGAUGCAGCAACAGAAUGCAAAGUGUCAGACUCUCAGUGUUCUAAGAACAAAGAGGAGGCAGAAAAGGGCAAGUUUAUCAGGGAGCGCACCCGGGAUUCUGAGACUGAGGUGGAGGAGCUCAGAAAACUCUGGAAGAGUCACACUAUGCAACAAACCAAGGAGCAAAGGGAUAAUGUACAGCAGACUCACAUAGAAGUCAAGCAUAGGCCAGGGGAAGCCGUAGAAGGACAAGGGCCAGGAGAAGUAGGUCAAGCAGCUGAGCACAUUCCACUAAAUAUUACGAGCAGGAACUUGGGAUCAACUGGGACAGCCUAUCAGAUAAACGCCAUAUCCCCUGGGACUGCUGUCUACAAAGAGAAGAGAAGACAUAGAUCCCACAAGUUCUUAUGUCUUCGAGUUGGGAAGCCUAUGAGGAAGACUUUUGUAUCUCAGGCAAGUGCAUCCAUGCAGCAGUAUGCACAACGGGACAGAAAGCAUGAAUACUGGUUCGCUGUUCCACAGGAAAGGACGGACCAUUUGUAUGCGUUCUUCAUACAGUGGAGUCCAGACAUGUAUGGUGAAGGAGCUGGAGUUUUGGGAAGAGAGCCAGGGUUCAUGGUUGUAAAAAGGAAUGAGGAGUCAGAAACCGGUGAGGAACCAGCAAGUGAAGUAACAGCAAAGGACUGGGAGGUAGUGUCAGUGGCUGAGUAUCACCGCAGGAUCGAUGCUCUUAAUACUGAAGAACUCCGCUCACUCUGCAAACGUCUCAAGAUAACAACAAAAGAAGAUGUGAAUUCAAAACAAGGUCCAGCCAUCAAGACUGAUUUAGAACCAGACACUUUCAGACCAAAUCUAAGUGAACCGAGUGAACUGCUUCAGCCCGGGCAGAUUGAGAAACUUGCAAAGCAUCUUCCUCCAAGAACAAUUGGUUAUCCAUGGACACUUGCAUUCAGCACAGCAAGAAAUGGCAUGAGCAUAAAGACGCUAUAUCGUACAAUGCAGGGUCAAGACACACCAGUGUUGAUGGUCCUAAAAGACAGUGAUGGACAGGUCUUUGGUGCACUAGCAUCUGAGCCAUUCAAAGUCAGUGAUUGUUUUUAUGGAACUGGGGAAACAUUUCUUUUCACGUUUUGUCCUGAAUUUGAGGUCUUCAAAUGGACAGGAGACAACAUGUUCUUUAUUAAAGGAGAUAUGGACUCUUUAGCUUUUGGUGGAGGAGGGGGAGAGUUUGGGCUAUGGCUGGAUGGAGAUCUCUACCAUGGAAGAAGUCAUUCAUGCAAAACAUUUGGAAACCAUACACUCUCAAAGAAGGAAGAUUUCUAUGUGCAAGAUAUUGAAAUCUGGUCUUUUGAAUAAAACAGUUCACAGAUUGCCAUAAUGAAACGGAUCAUCCCUAAAGUGGCUGUGUCCCAUACCUGACUACAUCAUUAAAAAGCUUGCUUUAAAGUACAUUGUGUGCUUUUUGUCUGUAAACAGCUCAUUCAGUACAGAACUAUUUUAGUUUAGGUACUUUGGUGUGUAACUGUCAAAAAAGCAAAUUAAUUACAUUUUGAAUGUCUUAUAACCUAUCGUUCCUGUUGCCCUUGUUUGUUAAGAUUUAGAAGAGAUUUCCAGUUGGCCACUUUUACAAUUGCUGAUGAAGGUAGUACAGGUUUGGGACAGAAAAAACAACUAACAGUCCUAGACUUGUGUACUGAAGAAAUAGCAUUAAUCAGCUGUAUUAGAUUUUAGAUGAUAGCCAUCUGAGAAGCUUGCACGAGAAGAAUGUACAGUUCAUCCCUGAUAAGAUACCACUUUCUGAUUUGAGGGCUAAAUGAAGAUCUAAGAAUGCACUCAUUUUACAAAUAGGGAAGGACAGGAAAGCUUGAUAUCAUCUUAUUAGGGUUGAUCAGUAUAUGACAAUAAAGAGCUGGAUCUGUUACUGUUAGAAUACAAUCAUUUAGAAGAAAUUAAGCAAACUUUCAAUACCAACAAUUCUUCCUUGAAUGAAGUAACUACAGUACUGUAUUAUAGUUCCUCUGCCAUUCAGCAUCAUAGCACAUAGCUAAUAUCCGAAUACCCAUAGUUGUAAUGUUCUGUCAAGUGGGUGUGUGUGUGAGUUCAGCUAGCACUAGCCCUAAAGAAAAUUAGUGUAUAAGUAGACAGUAAUUUGUUACAAUAGAUUUGUGGAAUAUGCAAAUUGCUGUCAUGUGACCUCAAAAAAAAAAGAAAAACAAAUAACAGGUCAAUUGUAGUGCAAUAGUUACUGUCAUUCUAUUAGACAGACAUGUGAAGCUAUUAUAGCUUGAAAUGACUGUUUAGAAAGCCAAGGUGUAUUUCUGUGUGUUAAUAGUAAAGCCUGGUGACAUGGUUUGUUAUGUUUAGGGCUUCUGAUUGUUGGUGUUUUACACAGACUUUUUUACUCUCUUUUAAAAAUUCAAUUGAUACCUGUUAAGACUUUUGUGUAUCACAAUUGCAACUGAGAAACGUGUUAAUAGUAAAAUUGAUUUCAUUUACAGUGUGUUUUUUUUUCUGUAAGGGCUUUUAAAUCAUAAGUCUUACUUUUUCAUUUCAAAGCAGAAGCGACUCGUCUUUAUUAAUGUAAAUACAGUUACGCAGCACGAUUGUAAUAAAUUGUGUCCAGGACAAAAUACUUUAUUUUUCAUUAGUUUUAAUAAAGAUUAGUCGUGUAUUAACAUGUUGCAAUCUCGUCAAUGUAGCGUUGUCAUUCUGCUUGUAAAUGACAAAUUAAGGCUUGGCCAAUUUAAAAGCCCAUUUAGUUGUUUCACAGAAAAAAAAUGCAAAUUAAAUCAAUUUUACUAUUGACACAUUUCUCAGUUGUGGUUGAGAUACAUGAAUGGCUUAACAGGUAUCAAUUGAAUUCUUAAAAGAGUAUAAAAGUCAGGAUAAAACACAAAAUCAGAAACCCUAAGUUAUGUUUUACAAAAUAUACUGCUGUUAUGUGGGACAGACCUUUUUUUGUGCUGACAUUUCAGCUUGUUUCAGAUAUAUAAUGUAUAUUACCUUGUACAGUUAUGUUAAAAUAGUAGAUUUGUUUCUAUAUAUAAAAAUAUAUAAAAACUGUGGAUUUGUGGGUUGCUUAUAGCACUUUAAUCUAGAAGUUUUUAAUAAAUGAAGCCCAGUACUUAGGCAUCAUUAGAAGUAGCUGUACAGUACUUUUCUUUGUCUAGUCCUAAAGAUGUUAUCUGUCUUAACACGUGCUGCUACAGUCUAAAAGAAAAAAGGGCAAAUGUAAUAUUCUGUACUCAAACAAAAUACUAUAUAUGCUGAAUGUUAAAGAAAUACAGGGCAUCAUUUUUUUCCUCAAUGUUUUUGCUUAUAAUUCUGUAACUUUGUUAGUAUGUAGACUAAAUGUUUACAGACUGAUAUAGAACUUGGAGUUGUAAAUACAAUUAAAUCAGCUUUCUUCCCUUUUGGUCAUCCACAGCAAUCUUAUUGUCUUUGUGGAGUUACAGCUAACUAUACAAUAAUCCUAAAGGGGUUUUACGAGAGCAUAAUGUAAUAGUGAUGUAUAGUAUAAAAAUAAAAUUAUUGUAAUCUGGGA